AUGGCAAUGUGCAUGCAACAACAGCAACGGCGUUGGCGGCGUCGGUCGGCUCACAACACAAUACAACACAACUACACAACACAAAACAGUAUACAACCCAAACCUCUAAAUAUGCAGUGCAAUGCACCCUUGACUCACACCCGCCCAGCUAACAAAACCUACCAAAAAGUUUGCUUAACUCUCUUUGUCAGUGUGGAAAGAGAAAACAGCCAACAAAAUACAGGCAAGCAAGCGAGCGCUAGAUUCGUCCUACGAGACCAACAGUUCAUCCUGGUAGACCUUAAGUUUAUCCUAGGAGAUCUAAAGGUCAUCGAAGAAGACCUAAGGGUCAUCGAAGUAGAUCUAAAAGUCAUCGAAGAAGACCUAAAGGUCAUCGAAGAAGACCUAAAGGUCAUCGAAGAAGACCUAAAGGCCAUCGAAGAAGGCCUAAAGGUCAUCGAAGAAGACAUAAAGGUCAUCAAAGAAGACCUAAAGGUCAUCGGAGAAGACCUAAAGGUCAUCGGAGAAGACCUAAAGGUCAUCGAAGAAGACCUAAGGGUCAUCGAAGUAGGCCUAAAGGUCAUCGAAGAAGACCUAAAGGUCAUCGAAGAAGACCUAAAGGUCAUCGAAGAAGAUCUAAAGGUCAUCGAAGAAGACCUAAAGGUCAUCGAAGAAGACCUAAAUGUCAUCGAAGAAGACCUAAAGGUCAUCGAAGAAGACCUAAAGGUCAUCGAAGAAGACCUAAAGGUCAUCGAAGAAGACCUAAAGGUCAUCGAAGAAGACCUAAAGGUCAUCGAAGAAGACCUAAAGGUCAUCGAAGAAGACCUAAAGGUCAUCGAAGAAGACCUAAAGGUCAUCGAAGAAGACCUAAAGGUCAUCGAAGAAGAUCUAAAGGUCAUCGAAGAAGACCUAAAGGUCAUCGAAGAAGACCUAAAGGUCAUCGAAGAAGACCUAAAGGUCAUCGAAGAAGACCUAAAGGUCAUCGAAGAAGACCUAAAGGUCAUCGAAGAAGACCUAAAGGUCAUCGAAGAAGACCUAAAGGUCAUCGAAGAAGACCUAAAGGUCAUCGAAGAAGACCUAAAGGUCAUCGAAGAAGACCUAAAGGUCAUCGAAGAAGACCUAAAGGUCAUCGAAGAAGACCUAAAGGUCAUUGAAGAAGACCUAAAGGUCAUUGAAGAAGACCUAAAGGUCAUCGAAGAAGAACUAAAGGUCAUCGAAGAAGAUCUAAAGGUCAUCGAAGAAGACCUAAAAGUCAUCGAAGAAGACCUAUAG